GUCCCUUCAGCUACGUUAGAAUCUACCUAAAAUUAAUCUAAAGGAUGCAUGUUCCUAGAAAGUCAACUAAAAUCAAGUAAAACUAUGAUGAUUUAAAAAAAAAUAUAAAAAUGAAAGAGACCAAGCAAGUAAACAAACCCUCCCAUUGCGCUCGCCAUAUUCAAAGAAAAUUAGAAAAAGAAUCAUGAAUUGUAAUGAAAUACCGAAAUGGAUAAUCAUAUUCAUAAUAAGCAUAUCAAUCAUAGCAAUAAUAGGAAGCGGAGUAUGGUUAUUGUAUCAACCAAGCGACAUGUGCCUUGGAGAUAAGAGUAUCGGUAUGAUGUAUGGAGUUGUUGCUGUUGGUUUUUCCCUUAUAUUCAUCUUUAUUUGUUGCCUUUCAUGUGGGUGUUGUGGUAAAGAUGAUGGCAGAAUGAUGAUUGCUACUUCUUGUAGUAGCUUUGGGUUGUUGGUCAUCAUCAUAUACGUGUCUGUUUAUGCAUUUAUAUACAGCACUCUUGCGUUUGGGUCCUUACAGAAGGAGAUUACAAGUCCUGAAAGUUGGAUGGAUAUUAAACACUGUCUUUAUCAACAGACUCAAUUGUGUUCUGACUUUCAGCGCAACUAUGCUAAUGAUUCUCCACAUCAGUUUUUUGCAAGACAUUUCCCUCUAAUCCAGUCAGGAUGUUGCAAACCACCCCAAGAGUGUAAGAUGAAUUUCUCAAGCCCAACCGUGUGGGUAGAAACUGGAAAUGGCACCUAUACGAACGCUGACUGUUAUAAAUGGGAUAAUGAUCCGAAGAAGCUUUGUUACAACUGUGAAGUAUGCAAGCAUAACUUUGCCCAAGAAGUUAAGAAAAGUUGGAGCAUCAGUAGUUCAAUCACCGUAUUAGCAUGGCUCAUGCUUGUUUUAGUUAUUACAUCUAUAAUGAUUUAUUCAAACAAAAGAAGUGGUAAUUAUACUGAACUAGUUUGAAUGUGCUUGCUAUCUAUGUUCAAUUUUAUAAUAAUGUAUUAUAUCCGAUCAAAUAUUUGCGAAGCGAUCAAUACUGAUUCCAACUAUUUGUAAUCAAUCGUGACUUUUGAAAAUACUAUGUAUGUAUUUUGAGAGUCAAUCUACUGAAUAAUCAAGCUUUAUUAUUGAAUUUCCGCAUCAAAAUACUGCCUUUG